AACUUAGUAGUUAUCACCUUCACCGAUAAAUUACAAAUGCAUAAGUUUAUUGCUAUUAAAACUUGUUUUUUAUUUGUAAAUUAUACGGUAGUCGCAUGUUUUUAAUUUUCUUAUAAUUAAUACCUGUUAAGUGGUUAUUUUUUUUUCAUAAAGUCAUGGUGUACCUCCAUUUUCCUUCUAAUCUCACUGAAGAAGAGUUGAUGUUACAUGCAAAGUACCAGAAAUUAAAGAAAAAGAAGAAAGCCCUUCAGGCGCUUAAAGCUCCUAAGCAGGAACCCGAGAAACCUGUAUUACCAAAACGUCCGACAGAAGCUAGAGACGCCAGAGAAAUAGCACGAAAACUUAUUAAAAGUGGUGCCAUUCCAGCCAUUAAAAGUCCACCACCGCAACCUCAAAAUGCUACCUUCAAACGCCCUCGAGCUGGGAGAGAACGAAAACUAAGUGGUUCAACAGGAGGAACUGGUGGUGUUGCAUCAUAUCAACCAUUUAGUGCUUCUCAAGAACCUCCACCACCUGAAGAAAAACCAACACCUCGAGUCAAAUACCUUUAUGACUCAUUUGUUACUGCUAGAGAGAAGGAUGACAAAGGAACUAGAACUCAAGGUGGAGGUGAUGCUCCUAAUACAGGAAAUAAAACAAAUUAUCUGCAGAUUACUGGUACUAAUAUCACUGAAGAAGUUUUGAGACGUCGCUUGGCAUCAUUUGAACCUUUUUCAUUUAUUCAAGAAACUGACGACGAUAAAGUAUUUCUUUCAUUUGAUAAUGCGGACAUGGCAAACCAAGCCCAGAUUGCUCUUGAUGGAAAUGAGGAAGGCUGGCGAACUACAUUUGCAAGGAGACCACCUCCAUCAAAGGGAAACUGGAAUUCAACAUCUGCGUCUCGCAAUCAACCACCACCUAAAGAUUUUAAGAGAUCUCUUGUAACAUAUGAUGAUAUAUUUGAAUAAUGUACUGUUUUAUCAUAAUUGACAUGAAUUUUGCAUAGAAAUGUUAUUUUGAAGUAGUUCAAGUUAACAUUCACACUGGAAAGCUUAGGUGGUGUAAGGUAAGAAGAGAAACAGACCUUGCCAUGGUCCUAUGAUUUAAGCCAUGUGCCGAAUUCCAUUUUGAAACUGAGAUAUUUAAAAAGAUGGACUUACCAAGUUUACCAUUGUUUUGUUUCAUGUCAAUUUUUUAUAUUAAAUUAUUAAUUUUACAUAAGUUGCAAUAUGUGGAGUGAAGGCAACUUGGGCCCCAAAUUUAAGGGGAAUUAUGUUGUCCAGGCGGUUCUUUAUUCAAGAAUUGUUUUUUUUUAAAAGCAAGAUUCUGUACUGAAUUUAUAUUAACUCUUAGCGUUGCUAUAACUGAAAUAUCACAAAGAAGCAAGGAGUAUUAACUCCAAGAUCGAAAUAACAGCUAUUAAAUACUACUCAAAUGUA